AUGGCGUCCUCUGACUCUUACUCAGAAUUUAUGUUCGAGGUACGGCAGCGACUGGCCUGGUAUGGCUCUAAUGUUUCGAUGGAGACCAUCCAGGCAACCUGGGACCAGGUGACUGUCGAUUUACAAGCCAAGAGAGACCACGAGUUCCAGAUGGACAAGACAGGGGGAGGAAGCGAAAAGAGGUUUGCAGCAGCCAUUCGGCAGAGAUGGUGCAAUUGA